ACAAAUAAAUAUGUUUUAAUUUAUCUAAUCAUUUUUACUUAUAUCCUGCAUACUAUGUAUUUGUUAUUAUAAAUAGAAUAUUUACAAUAAAAUAAAGACUAUCAAAAGUUUUAGGAGGUUCAUGUUAAAUUUAGACAUCUUGUACUGAUGGGAACAUCUUGAACAAGUGCCAAAAUUAAUUAUUGGCCCAAUUUAGAGUAGGUACUGUGUAGAUACUGGUGUUUAAAUGUAUUUGCAUUAAUACAUUUAAUAAUAUGGAAGUGCAAAACGAAAAAAAUUAUAAAACUUUCAUAAAACAACAAUCAAAAAUUAAACUGAAGAAUGGUAAAACUACCAUUAAAUAUAAAGGAGAUUGGAAUAAUUUACCAGACUUGUUAUUGGAAAAUAUAUUUUCAUUUUUAAAUAUCAAAGAGAAAUACAAUGCUUCGUCUACAUGUCAUUCUUGGUACUCAAUUUUUCAUUUACCAUAUUCAUGGCACACCUUUGUUUUUGAUGACACGACCCUUACUCGAAGAAAAUUUAACUAUUAUUCAGGAUGGCAGUACAUGUUAGAUCAUCUACGAGUUCAAUUGUGUCUUCAAUCCAUUGGUACUUACAUUAAAGUUUUGGUAUUUAAACCAAUAACAAAUUUUUAUAACUUAUACGAAUUCAUGAAUAUGAUAUCAUUCUACGCGGAACACGGCCGAGAAAUUGGAUCUAGAGUAAACACUCUGCAAUAUACAUUCCCGUGUAACAUGGCAACAUCACGUAUCGAUGAAUCCGUUCUGUACGGUACAGGAGGUAAGCUAUUGGAAGCGCUUAAAAGGUUGAUGGGUAAUUUACCGUCACUCCGGAGAUUAGAAUUGAUAGAUUUGAUGUUGGAUAAUGAAGACGCGCAAACAUUGUUGGAUCAAGUUUGCUUUUGCUGUUGCACUACAUUAAAAACCCUAAUAUUAGUUAACACCACUAAAAAUGUAUGUCAAUUGCUUCAUCCUGGAGUUUUUAUAAAUUUGCAGGUAUUAGUAAUUAGUCCUCAAAAUCUAGGAAGUGAUUUAUUGUAUAUGUUGAGCCAAAUGAGACUCUUGCACUUGCAUAUUCUUCAAAAUCGCUACACGCCUAUUGACAUAGAAUCUGUACAUUCUUCUGACUGGAAACAUUGCACUAAAAUAAAUUCUAUACUUAAAGUACACCUUCGAAUAGAAUCCAUCAGGGAAAGACAAAUUCUAUGGCAACCCGGUGCUCCUGUUUCCAGCAUAAUAUAUAAGUCGCCAAAUAUACGGAUGAGUGCUGACAUCUCAAAUAAAAUUAUGGAACUAUACUCAGAUCAGUUGCUUACAUUUGGAUACCUGGAUUUGCCAAAAUUCUAUCAACCAUCGUCAUUUAAGGAUCGUAUUGACACAUGUUUGGUAAACUUAAUCCAAAUUUGUCCUAAAUUGGAUACAUUGAUGAUAAGAGAAAAAAUAUCAACAUGUACAUUAUUAUUAAUUUCAUAUUAUGGUCAUUCGUUAACAUCUUUAUACGUACGUCGCAAUGCUGUUAUUCUACGAUGUGAUUGGCCUCGUCAAAAUGAUUGGUCUGAUGAAUUUUACCAAUGGUUAAAAAAAUCUAGUACAUCAUAUGAAAUAGUAGAAGAAGAAAUCGCGUUGUCUUUGGGUUUGGAAAAUUGGAAAAUGCUUAGUGAUCAAGACUUCAAACGCAUAUCUCCUCAACUUUAUUCAUCAUUCUAUAGAUAAAUAUAAUACCUGUACUAUUUUUUUUAAAAAAUUACUGAUUGUUGUUUUUAAAUAAGUAAAUUAUAUAGGUAAAAAUGAUUGAUAUUUAUCUUACUAGCUGACUCGACACGGCGUUGCCCGUGAGUUAGUUUAUUUUAUGACAUUUUCGUAGGCCGUGUGUCAGUGUUUAAUUAAAUUGUAUUGAUAGUGUUAAUAUUCAGGGGCGUGUCCUGGGUAAACAUUCAAAAUGGGCUUGGUUAUAAACAGGGCUCAUAACUUUUAGCAUUUGUAUAUUUUUUUUGAGAGGUCUUAGAGGUACCUAUGUGAGCUAUAAAUUUGUUUCAGAUAACCAAGAAGCU